AUGCGUGGCCCCAAGUCCAAGGACUUAGGGCUUUUUAUAAUGAGCAAGCAGGACUCAAAAAAGCGCCAGGGGAUAGCUCUGCAGCCAUUCUGGCUACAUAAUCGAGGAAGCACAGGGUCAGGGUUUGAAUCAUGUGGCCGAACUUACUCAGGAGUCUGGCCCAAGCCCAGCAGCCACUGCCUCACGUGCAUGGUGCUUCCCUGUGUGAUAACAACAGCAAUUGGAGUGCUCAUAAUAUGCCUGGUGAACAAUAGAGAAAAUGACAAUCCUUCCAAUACUAACAAGCUACCUGCAAACAAUGAGGAGCCUAUACUUAACAUUCCUGGAAUGACCUCUACUACUUCACAACCUGAAGGAACCACCAUGUCAACUGAACCCACAUCAAAAACCACUUCAACAGAAUCUAAAACCACUGCAAUGCCCAUUGAACCUACAACCACAUCGGCCAUCACCAUCAUUUCAACUGAUCCCACAACCUCACAAGCCAUCACUAUCACUUCAACUGAACCUACAACCUCAACAGCCACUGUGGUUACUUCAACAGAACCUACAACCACAUCAGCCAUCACCGUUUCUUCAAAUGAACCCACAGCCUCAACAGCUACCACCAUUGCUUCAACGGGACCUACAAACACAACAACCAUCACUAUUGCUUUACCUGAACCCUCAACCUCAAUAUCCAUCACCAGCACUUCAACAGAACCUACAACCACAGCAUCCAUCACUAUUGCAUCAACCAAACCCACACACAUGACAACCACCACCAUUGCUUCAGCAGAACCCACAAUCACGUCAGCCAUCACCAUCGCUUCAACUGAACCCACAACCUCGACAGCCACCACCAUCGCUUCAUCAGAACCCACAACCUCAACAGCCACCACUAUUGCUUCAGCAGAACCUACAACCACAUCAGCCACCACCAUCGCUUCAACUGAACCCAAAACCUCGACAGCCACCACCAUCGCUUCAACAGAACCUAUAACCACAUCAGCCACCACCAUUGCUUCAGCAGAACCUACAACCACAUCAGCCACCACCAUCGCUUCAACUGAACCCACAACUUCGACAGCCACCAGUAUUGCUUCAGCAGAACCUACAACCACAUCAGCCACCACCAGCGCUUCAACUGAACCCACAACUUCAACAGCCACCAAUAUUGCUUCAGCAGAACCUACAACCACAUCAGCCACCACCAGUGCUUCAACUGAACCUAUAACCUCGACAGCCACCACCAUUGCUUCAACAGAACUUACAUUAGCUACCAUCAUCACUUCAACAGAACCCACAACCUUGACAGCCACCACCAUCGCUUCAACUGAACCCACAACUUCGACAGCCACCACUAUUGCUUCAGCAGAACCCACAACCUUGACAGCCACCACCAUCGCUUCAACUGAACCCACAACUUCGACAGCCACCACUAUUGCUUCAGCAGAACCCACAACCACAUCAGCCACCACCAUCGCUUCAACUGAACCCACAACUUCGACAGCCACCAAUAUUGCUUCAGCAGAACCUACAACCACCACCAUCGCUUCAACAGAACCCACAACCUCGACAACCGUCACUAUUGCUUCAACAGAACCUACAACCACAUCAGCCAUAACCAUUCCUUCAACUGAACCCACAACCUCGACAGCCACCACUACUGUUUCAACACAACCUACAACCAUAUCAGCCAUCACUAUUGCUUCAACUGAACCUACAACCUCAACAAUCACCACAAACGCUUCAACUGAACCCACAACCUCAACAGCCACCAGCAUUGCUUCAGCAGAGCCUACAACCUCAACAACCACCACAAACGCUUCAACUGAACCCACAACCUCGACAGCCACCACUACUGUCUCAACACAACCUACAACCACAUCAGCCACCACCAUCGCUUCAACACAACCUACAACCACAUCAGCCACCACCAUCGCUUCAACAGAACCCACAACAUUAGCCACCACCAUCACUUUAACAGAACCCACACCCUCAACAGCCACCACCAUUGCUUCAGGAGAACCUACAACCACAUCAGCCACCACCAUCGCUUCAACGGAACCCACAACCUCGACAGCCACCACCAGUGCUUCAACAGAACUUACAACUUUAGCCACCACCAUCACUUCAACAGAAUUCACAACCUUGACACCCACCACCAUCACUUCAACGGAACCCACAACCUCGACAGACAUCACUACUGUUUCAACACAACCUACCACCACAUCAGCCACCACCAUCGCUUCAACAGAACCCACAACCUUGACAGCCACUAGCAUUGCUUCAGCAAAGCCUACAACCACAUCAGCCACCACCAUCGCUUCAGCAGAACCCACAACCUUGACAGCCACCACUAUUGCUUCAGCAGAACCUACAACCACAUCAGCCACCACCAUCGCUUCAACAGAACCCACAACCUUGACAGCCACUAGCAUUGCUUCAGCAAAGCCUACAACCACAUCAGCCACCACCAUCGCUUCAGCAGAACCCACAACCUUGACAGCCACCACUAUUGCUUCAGCAGAACCUACAACCACAUCAGCCACCACCAUCGCUUCAACAGAACCCACAACCUUGACAGCCACUAGCAUUGCUUCAGCAAAGCCUACAACCACAUCAGCCACCACCAUCGCUUCAGCAGAACCCACAACCUUGACAGCCACCACUAUUGCUUCAGCAGAACCUACAACCACAUCAGCCACCACCAUCGCUUCAACAGAACCCACAACCUUGACAGCCACUAGCAUUGCUUCAGCAAAGCCUACAACCACAUCAGCCACCACCAUCGCUUCAGCAGAACCCACAACCUUGACAGCCACCACUAUUGCUUCAGCAGAACCUACAACCACAUCAGCCACCACCAUCGCUUCAACAGAACCCACAACCUUGACAGCCACUAGCAUUGCUUCAGCAAAGCCUACAACCACAUCAGCCACCACCAUCGCUUCAGCAGAACCCACAACCUUGACAGCCACCACUAUUGCUUCAGCAGAACCUACAACCACAUCAGCCACCACCAUCGCUUCAACAGAACCCACAACCUUGACAGCCACUAGCAUUGCUUCAGCAAAGCCUACAACCACAUCAGCCACCACCAUCGCUUCAGCAGAACCCACAACCUUGACAGCCACCACUAUUGCUUCAGCAGAACCUACAACCACAUCAGCCACCACCAUCGCUUCAACAGAACCCACAACCUUGACAGCCACUAGCAUUGCUUCAGCAAAGCCUACAACCACAUCAGCCACCACCAUCGCUUCAGCAGAACCCACAACCUUGACAGCCACCACUAUUGCUUCAGCAGAACCUACAACCACAUCAGCCACCACCAUCGCUUCAACAGAACCCACAACCUUGACAGCCACUAGCAUUGCUUCAGCAAAGCCUACAACCACAUCAGCCACCACCAUCGCUUCAGCAGAACCCACAACCUUGACAGCCACCACUAUUGCUUCAGCAGAACCUACAACCACAUCAGCCACCACCAUCACUUCAACAGAACCCACAACCUUGACAGCCACCACUAUCGCUUCAACAGAACCCAGGACCUCGACAACCACCACCAUUGCUUCAGCAGAACCUACAACUAUAGCAGCCAGCACCAUUGCUUCAACCGAACCCACAACCUCAAUGGGCAUCACCAUUGCUUCAAUACAACCUACAAUUACAGCAGCCAUCACUAUCACUUCAACUGAACCCACAACCUUGACAGCCACCACAGUCACUUCAUCAGAACCUGUAGCUUAG